AUGGUGGUAAAGCACCAGGAGGAAUUGGCCCAGGGGGAGUUGGACCAGGAGGUGUUGGGCCAGGUGGAGUUGGUCCAGGUGGAGUUGGAACAGGAGGAUUUGGACCGGGGGGUGUUGGGCCGGGUGGAGCUGGAACAGGAGGAUUUGGACCAGGAGGUGUUGGACCAGGUGGAGUUGGACCAGGAGGUGUUGGACCAGGUGGAAUUGGACCGGGAGGUGUUUGGCCAGGUGGAGUUGGACCAGGAGGUUUCAGUCCUGGCAUCUUUGGUCCUGGAACUGCUGGACAGGGAGUUGGACCUGGAGGUAUUGUGGCUGGUGGAAAACCUCCAAAAACAGGUAAUUUUCUUGGUAUCUUACUUACCUCUAGGUGGAGUCGUGUCAGGUGGUUUUGGACCAGGGGGUGUUGGACCAGGUGGAUUUGGACCAGGAGGUGUUGGAACGGGAGGUGUUGGAACGGGAGGAUUUGGACAGGGAGGUGUUGGACCUGGUGGAGUUGGACCGGGAGGAUUUGGACCGGGAGGUGUUGGACCAGGAGGUGUUGGACCAGGAGGUUUCAGGCCUGGCAUCUUUGGUCCUGGAACUGCUGGACAGGGAGUUGGACCUGGAGGUGGAAAACCUCCAAAAACAGGUGGAGUCGUGUCAGGUGGUUUUGGACCAGGGGGUGUUGGACCAGGAGGAUUUGGACCAGGUGGAGUUGGAACAGGAGGAUUUGGACCAGGAGGUGUUGGACCAGGUGGAGUUGGACCGGGAGGAUUUGGACCGGGAGGAUUUGGACCGGGGGGUGUUGGACCAGGGGGUGUUGGACCAGGAGGUUUCAGUCCUGGUAUCUUUGGCCCUGGAACUGCUGGACAGGGAGUUGGACCUGGAGGUAUUGUGGCUGGUGGAAAACCUCCAAAAACAGGUGGUGCAGGAGUUGGACCUGGCGGUGCUGGAUUUGGACCUGGUGGCGCAGGGGUUGGGCCUGGUGGUGCUGGAUUUGGACCUGGCGGCACAGGAUUUGGGCCUGGUGGUGCUGGAUUUGGACCUGGCGGUGCUGGAUUUGGACCUGGUCGUGCGGGAGUAGGACCUGGCGGUGCGGGAUUUGGACCUGGCGGUGCGGGAUUUGGACCUGGCGGUGCAGGGGUUGGGCCCGGUGGUGCUGGAUUUGGACCUGGUGGUGCAGGAUUUGGACCUGGCGGCGCAGGGGUUGGGCCCGGUGGUGCUGGAUUUGGACCUGGUGGUGCAGGAGUAGGACCUGGCGGUGCUGGAUUUGGGCCUGGUGGUGCGGGAGUUGGACCUAUUGGAGCGCUGCCACAGAUUGGCACUCCUGGGGCAGGAAAGACCAGUGGCAAAGCAUCAAAACAAGUUCCAGGAGUUGGAAUCCCUGGACUCUAUCAAGGUGGAUUUGUACCAGGCCAAGGUUUCGGGGGCCGGGGUGUUCUCCCUGGAGUGGCCAUAGGAUCUGGUCUUGGGACUCAGACUGGGGCUGGAGCAUUUGGACAAGGAGGUGUUGGACCAGGUGGAGCAGGUGGAGCAGGUGGAGCAGGCAAUGGGCGUGGACAGCUGCUACCUGGAGUUUUUCGUGGUUAUCCUCUCAUAUCACCAAAAUCAGGGGCAGGGAAAUUGAUGAAUCCAGCAAAAGCUGCAGCUAAAUAUGCUGGAGCUGGAGGAGGUGCGCUUGGUCAAGGAGGUGCUUUAGUGGGUGGAAAUGGCGGACUUCCUGGAGGAGGGCCAGGAGUUGGACCUGGAUUUGGAGACGUGGUAAGUGGAGUACUUGCAAGUCUAGGAGCAGGUACUGGAGCAGUCAGGCCUGGUGUUGCUGGUACAGGCUUUGGACCAGGUGGUGCUGGUACUGGCUUUGGACCAGGUGGCGUUGGACCUGGUGGUGCUGGCUAUGGACCUGGAGAUCAUGCUGCUGCCAAAGCCCGCAAAUAUGGGCUUUCUGGAAGAUAUGGUGGUGCAGGGACUGGAGGAGCACUAGGGAAUGGAAGACUAGGAUAUGGACCUGGUGGAUACGGGACUGGAGCUGGGCCUGUACCUGGGACUGGUUAUGGACCAGGUGGCAGCUAUGGUACAGGACCAGGAAUUGGAUAUGGACCAGGCUAUGGUACAGCUGGAUCUAAAGCUGCUAAAUUAGUGCAGCCUGGUGGAGUUGCACCUGCAGCAGGAGCAGGGCCCAGUGUUUCAGUGAAUGGCACCAGCACUGGCAGCAGAGCAGACGCAACACCUAAACCCAGUGGAGGAGUACUUGGAGGCACACCAGUUCCAGCAACAGAAGGUGACGGUGCUACUGGCAGUGUGAUAGAAGGGUCUGGAAUUUCUGGAGAAGGACUCAACGGGACUGAAAUUUCAGGUGGUACACGACCUCCCCCUAGAGGUGAUGGGACACUGCCUGGACCCAAACCUAUCAAAACCCCAGGUCUGGUAUCUGCAGAUGUACCCAGAGGUGACACACCAGGUGAAGGAGAUGGACAGAGACCUGUUGCAAUAAUCCCAGGAGGUACAGCUAGUGGCAUAGGGGGGACACCAAAACCAUCCAAAGUAUACAGACCUGAUGGGACUCUAGCCGGAGGCAUAAGUGGUGGGCCAGGUGGGGUUGAUGGAGUGGGAGGUGGUCCAGGAGGUGUUGUACUACGGCCUGGAGGACCAGGUUUGGUACCCGGAGCUGGUGGGCCUAGUGGGACUGGCGGAAUAGGAGCAGGAGCCCUUAAACCUGGAAAAAGCUAUGGUGUUGGCGGAGCUGGAGUUUUACCAGGUGGAGGUAUACAUUAUCCGACUGGAGCUGGAGUAGGACAAGCUAUAGGAAAACCAGGCAAAGCAUAUGGGACUCUUGGAGCAGGAGGCCUGGGUGGAGUUGGUCCUGGUGGCUUUGGUACUGGUCCAGGAGGUUAUGGUGCGGGGCCCGGAGGUUACAGGGCUGGUCCAGGUGGAUACGGUGUUGGACCUGGGGGUGCUGGAACCCUAGGAGUUGGAACUGGUCCUGGAGGUUUAGGCGGAGGUGUAGGAGCAGGCCCUGGUGGUUCAAGAUAUGGCACAAGUCCAGGACUGGGUCCCGGCGCUGGCAAACCACCAAAAAGUUAUGGAGGAGCUGGUGGUAUUGGGGCUAGACCUGGUGGACCAAGUGGAGUUGACUUUGGUCCAGCAGGUAUUGGUAGCUAUGGGCCUGGUGGUGGUAGUUACAGACCUGGUGGCACUGGACCAGGUGGAUAUGGGCCCAGCACUGCUGGGACAGGACUGGGUGGUGUCGGAACCAGGCCAGGUGGUUUUGGACCUGGUGGUAUCAGCACAGGACCAGGCAGCUAUGGACCUGGUGGAGCAGGGGCCAUUCCUGGAGUUUAUACCCCUGAAGGAGUGGGGCUAAGAAAACCACCCAAAUCAGGUACAGGGUUUGGACUGGGUGGAACAGGUACUGGACCCGGUACAUAUGGACCUGGUGGUUUUGGGCCUGGGGGUGUUGGACCAGGUGGUGCUGGCACAGGACCAGGGGGCUUUGGCCCAGGUGGUGCUGGCAUAGCAACAGGAGGCUUUGGACCGGGUGGUGCUGGCACAGGACCAGGCGGCUUCGUUCCAGGUGGUGUUGGCACAGGACCAGGCGGCUUUGGCCCAGGUGGUGCUGGCAUAGCAACAGGAGGCUUUGGUCCAGGUGGCGCUGGCACAGGACCAGGUGGCUUCGUUCCAGGUGGUGCUGGCAUAAAAACAGGGGGUUUCGGACCAGGUGGUGGUGGCACAGGACCAGGCGGCUAUGGGCCAGGUGGUGUGGGCACAGGACCAGGCGGCUUUGGGCCAGGUGGUGCUGGCAUAGCAACAGGAAGCUUCGGACCAGGUGGUGCUGGCACAGGACCAGGCGGCUUCGUUCCGGGUGGUGCUGGCACAGGACCAGGGGGUUUUGGGCCAGGUGGUGCUGGCAUAAAAACAGGGGGUUUCGGACCAGGUGGUGCUGGCACAGGACCAGGCGGCUUCGGACCAGGUGGUGCUGGCACAGGACCGGGCGGCUUUGUUCCAGGUGGUCCUGGCACAGGACCAGGCGGCUUCAUUCCAGGUGGUACUGGAACAGGACCAGGCAGCUUCGUUCCAGGUGGUGCUGGCACAGGACCAGGCGGCUUCAUUCCAGGUGGUGCUGGCAUAAAAACAGGGGGUUUCGGACCAGGUGGUGCUGGCACAGGACCAGGCGGCUUCAUUCCAGGUGGUGCUGGCAUAAAAACAGGGGGUUUCGGACCAGGUGGUGCUGGCACAGGACCAGGAGGCUUCAGACCAGGUGGUGCUGGCACAGGACCGGGCGGCUUUGUUCCAGGUGGUCCUGGCACAGGACCAGGCGGCUUCAUUCCAGGUGGUGCUGGCAUAAAAACAGGGGGUUUCGGACCAGGUGGCGCUGGCACGGGACCAGGCGGCUAUGGGCCAGGUGGCGCUGGCACGAGACCAGGCGGCUAUGGGCCAGGUGGCGCUGACCAGGCGGCUAUGGGCCAGGUGGCGCUGGCACGAGACCAGGCGGCUAUGGGCCAGGUGGCGCUGGCACGAGACCAGGCGGCUAUGGGCCAGGUGGCGCUGGCACGAGACCAGGCGGCUAUGGGCCAGGUGGCGCUGGCACGAGACCAGGCGGCUAUGGGCCAGGUGGCGCUGGCACGAGACCAGGCGGCUAUGGGCCAGGUGGCGCUGGCACGAGACCAGGCGGCUAUGGGCCAGGUGGCGCUGGCACGAGACCAGGCGGCUAUGGGCCAGGUGGCGCUGGCACGAGACCAGGCGGCUAUGGGCCAGGUGGCGCUGGCACGAGACCAGGCGGCUAUGGGCCAGGUGGCGCUGGCACGAGACCAGGCGGCUAUGGGCCAGGUGGCGCUGGCACGAGACCAGGCGGCUAUGGGUGGCGCUGGCACGAGACCAGGCGGCUAUGGGCCAGGUGGCGCUGGCACGAGACCAGGCGGCUAUGGGCCAGGUGGUGCUGGCACGGGAAUAGGUGGCUUCGGACAAGGGGGCCAAAAAAGAAAACCUGGUUAUGGAGGAGCCGGGUAUGGCCCAGGAGGAUUAGGAGGAGGUGGAGGAGCUGGUCCUGGAGGCUAUGGUCCAGCUGGAACUGGUGGUUUUGGACCGGGAGGUGCUGGAACUGGGCCAGGGGGGUUUGGACCUGGUGGCCAAACAAUUGGGAAGCCUCCUAAACCAGGUUAUGGAUCGGCAUUAGGUGGAAAUGGCUAUGGACCAGGUGGAGGCGUAGGAGGGAUUCCUGGUGCAGUAACAGGAGGCAUCAUUGGAGGUGGCACAGCAGGGGGUGCUGUUCCUGGUGGUGGAGGCUUUCCAGGAUAUACACCAACUGGGCAAAAAUCCAGUGCACAAAUUGCAGCCAAAUACGCAGCCAUGCAGGGCUUACUGGGUGGCACGGACUACAGAGGUGCUGGCUGUCAAGGUAAAUACUGUGGGCGAAGGAGGAAGUGAGAGACCAACAGACAGGAAGUGACCUCAAAAAAUCCAAAGUGGUGCUAUGGCUUGAUCUCUGAUUGUAAAUGACCGACCUGCCAAAGAUGCUAAAGCUUUGACACAUUCCACAUAUUACAUUUUCAUUCACUUAGACUUUAAACAAGGGUCUCUUUAAAAAGUAGCAGUGGUUCUCAGCCUGUUAGUCAUGAUUUGACUGUUCAGAAAUUUUAAAAUAUUCACCAUUUCACAAAGAGCACAAGUCAAGAUUCACUUCUGUACAUGUUGCAAUAGUCAUUUACAGUCCUAUGAAUCACCUUGUAACUCGCCAGGGAUCCUGACAACCAGGCUGAGAGCCACUGAAAUACAGGAUCAAGAUUACUGUUUAUUUUGUGAGACCACGCUGUGCUUUAAUUUACUUUUUGUGCAUUGUUGUUGUGUUGAACAUCACUUGUGUUACCAUGCAAGUAUCACCGUGAAUCUGCCGGGUGAAGACUGAUAACAAAAAUUUCCUCAGGGCAGGUCCUCCAGACUUGUCUGCAUGCUGACACAAUUUUAAAAAUAAUUCUCCAAGGCCACACUUUUAUCCAGUCAGACUAGAGUUUUUAUUAGAUGUUUGUUUCACUAAUUUGUGGCUUUUGGCUUUUAAAGUGCAAACACUUGAAUAAUCUAUGUACAGACAGUUGCUAUUUUGGGGAAAUGUAAAAAAAAGAAACAGAUUUUUCAUGGUGCAGUGUUUAAAGUGGUGUUUAUCUGAUCCUUGAAAAGCAGUCUGUUCAUCUUAACUGUGCUCAGGCAUCAACAAAUGUGGUGGCUGAAGGUCCUCAGCUGUUAACACUCCAUUUACAACACUUAAGGUACUGUUUUACAGCUACAUAAUACUAAUUAGUGUAGAAUCAUGGUUAAUUUGAGUGUUUUUGCAUUGUUAAAAGGAUUUAAAUUACAUCUAAGGAGCUUUCACUUCCGUGUUUUUCUUUUUUUAUGAUGUACCUCCUUCAACACUGUUGGGGAAUUGUUCACAUUUAUUAGUGUUUUUAAAUUAUGCUGAGAAAAAGCAGAAAUGUAGUCUUCAUUUCACAAAUUAGAGUAGAUUAAUUUCAGUAUAAAAUAUUUGAGCUACUUUGUGUGUGAGAGUUUUUACAGUUUUAACACUUGUUUACAGUGCUGUGCUUGGUUUUCUACAUUUUCCUCGAAUGUAUGCUCAGCCACUAUUGAAUCUCAUUUUGCAUUUGGGCUCACAUUUGUUUCUAUCAUGUAGCUCAAUGUGCUUUUAACAUCUGGGUUUUUUGUGUGGUCUAUGAAGAUAAUGGUGCAUUUUUGUACACUUCUGACAGUGCUCUCUAAAAUAAAGAAAUGACCAAUGACAACAGCAGCUAUUUUCUUGAAACACCUACAAUCACUGACGACUGUAUGUUACACACAGUGUAACUUUACUUAAGUAAAAGUAGCAAUACCACAGUGUAAA